AUGGCUUCCAAUUCUAUAACAUCGACAGGAUUAGGUAAAAGAGCACAGAAGGAAUGGAGUGUGCCGACCAAUUCCCAACCACUACCCCAGCUAUACCUGUACAACAGUCUUACUCGGCGGAAAGAUUUAUUCGUUCCAAAUCAAGGCAACGUGGUGAAGUGGUACAUCUGUGGGCCAACUGUUUAUGAUAGUUCACAUAUGGGUCAUGCAAGAACCUAUCUAUCUGUCGAUAUCCUUCGGCGGAUAAUGACCUCAUACUUCGGCUAUGAUGUACAGUUCAUCAUGAACAUUACUGAUAUUGACGACAAGAUUAUCAAA